AGUCAGUGAUAUUAUUGACAGAGUUCGGGUGUGAGUGUAAAUAAUUUUAAAAAAAAUAAAAUUUUUGUACGAGCACGUGGGUUGUUUUUGUAAUUAAUAUAUAUACUAAAUAUAUAAAAAAUGGUUGUUAAAAAAAAAUUUAAAAGAGAUUAUGACGACAUAGAAAACUUUGAUGACGAUGACAUCACAGGCAGUGAUGAUGAGUUAUCAGACUCGGAAAAACGUCUUCUGGAAAAAGUAAGAAAAAAGCGGGUCCAAGAAAACUUUGAUAGUGAUGAUGAAGUUUAUGGUUUACAAGAUGAUAAAGGUGAUGAUGAUGAUGAAGACGAAAAUGCAGAAGGUUUCGAAGCAGAAGAUGCUGCCGCAGAUGACGAUUCAAUGGAAUCUGAUAUCGAACGUCCUCAGGAAGAUGAUGAUCUGCCGAAUGAAAGAGCAUGGGGUAAAAAAAAGAAGGAUUACUACUCGACGGACUUUGUUGAUCCUGACUAUUCAACAUUGAGUCACAGGAAAAUGCAAGAGGCUGAGGAAGAAGAAAAAGAAGCCCGUAAUAUUCAGCAGAGAUUGGCUGAGCAGUUGGACGACGCUGAUUUUGGUUUAGAUUUACUGCCAGCUCAGGCUGAAAGUGAACAGGCUCCUGAGGAACGAGUUGUCAAAACAGAUUUGAGUAAAUUGAGCAAAAGAGAAAAGGUCGCGCUUUUCCAGAAAGAAAGUCCUGAGUUCCAGGCACUGGUUACUGAUGCUGAAGAACGUUUGAAAGAAGCCAAUGAGAUUCUUUUACCAUUUAUCAAUUUAGCAGAGCAAGAAGAAUUGAGUCAUCCAGCAAUCAAAUUUGUUGAGAUAAAAUAUCAAUUGAUACUGAAUUAUUGUAUCAACAUUUCCUUCUACUUGAUGUUGAAGGCCAAGAAAAUUCCAGUCACGUCUCAUCCUGUCAUUAAAAAACUAGCUCAGUAUCGUCAGCUCCUCAGUCAACUGGAGGCAAGUCAAGGUGAUUUAUUGGACCAAGUUUCCGAGGUUCUCAAGUCAGCUGAUGAUGGAGAAUCGCUGAAGAAUAUUAUCGGAGGUACUAAACCCUCUGAUGACGAAGUGAAGCCGAAGAGUAAAAAGAGGAAAGACAGAGACUUGGCUGUCAAGACAGAGGUGAAGAAGAAGAAGAAGAAGACAGAGACUCCUGAAUCAGACGAAGAAAGUGAAGAUGACAACGCAAUAAUGGACGGUAUGAGUGAGGACAAUGACCUGCCUAUGGAGAAUGACGAAGAAGUGGAGCAAGAAGCUAAGCAAGAGGUAUCAGAAGGAGAGAAACGUGCUAUCACUUAUCAAAUAGCCAAGAACAAGGGGUUGACACCUCAUCGUAAAAAGGAACAGAGAAACCCACGUGUCAAGCACAGGAACAAGUACCGCAAAGCUCAAAUUCGCAGAAAGGGUGCGGUCAGAGAAGUUAGGAAAGAACUGACUCGGUAUGCUGGAGAAAUAUCGGGUAUCAAGGCUAGCGUUAAGAAGAGUAUAAAGUUGAAGUAAUAAAAAUACUUUUGAUACUCUGGUAAUUUUAGGCUGAAUGAUUAA